CUUUUCGAAGUCGCCGAACGCCGACAUCAAUCGCAGGACGUCGAAUCGAAGGCAAGAUUCAGUUGACCACCGCACCGACCGACACAUCCCUCUACCUCCGUCCAACAUCCUCAAUCCACCUUCAAAAUGGAGAACGAACGCGGCGAGCUCGUCGACCUCUACGUCCCACGCAAGUGCUCUGCUACCAACCGCAUCAUCAAGGCCAAGGACCACGCCUCUGUUCAGAUCUCCGUCGCAAAGGUUGACGAGAACGGCCGCGCGACCGGCGAGAACCAGACUUACGCCCUCUGCGGUUUCGUCCGUGCCAUGGGCGAGAGCGACGAUGCGAUCAACCGACUUGCGCAACGCGAUGGAUUCUUGAAGGGUGUCUGGAGCGCUUCCCGAUAGAUGGAGCAAGAUGGGCCAGAAUGGUCAUGAAGCGAUGAAGUUAGAAGCGAAAGGACAUUGCUGCUGACGGCUCAUGUCUGGCGUAUGGUGUUAACUUGGAAUCGGCCAUGCGACGGUAUAAAGACAUAGAGUGGCUUUGCUCAUAGCUCAGGCCUGGCGACACCCGGCAAGUGCGGAGUGCGCCACGCGCAGAAUGCACCACAACAGAUUCCACGAUUCACGACAUAUGUCUGACCUCAAUUUCCGUUUCCAUUUCCUUUCUAUGUUCUUACAUACGCCCCCC